CAGUGCGUGGAGACCAUGCUGCGGCCUUGAGCACACACGGAGGGGGCGCCCAGGAUGGAGCUGAGCUUGGAGAGCCUCGGGGGGCUGCACGGGGUGACACACGCGCAAGCUGGAGAGCUGCUGAGCCCGGGCCACGCGCGCUCUGCCGCGGCCCAACACCGAAGCCUAGUGGCAUCGGGGCGCCCGGGCCUGGUGGCGGGCAUGGCUAGUCUGCUGGACGGUGGUGGCGCCGGGGGCGGGGGAGCCGGGGGCGCGGGGGCUGCAGGGGCCGCGGGUGGUGGCCCUGACUUCCGUGGGGAGCUGGCUGGCCCCCUGCACCCGGCCAUGGGUAUGGCGUGCGAGGCCCCAGGUUUGGGUGGCACCUACACCACGCUCACGCCCUUGCAGCACCUGCCGCCGCUGGCCGCCGUGGCCGACAAGUUCCACCAGCACGCGGUGGCCGGGGCGCACGGAGGCCAUCCGCACGCGCACCCUCACCCAGCCACCGCGCCGCCACCGCCCCCUCCGCAGCGCCUGGCGGCCAGCGUGAGCGGCAGCUUCACCCUCAUGCGCGACGAGCGGGCGGCUCUGGCCUCGGUGGGCCACCUCUACGGGCCCUAUGGCAAGGAGCUGCCCACCAUGGGGUCGCCACUGUCGCCGCUGCCCAGUGCGCUGCCCCCGGCUCUGCACAGCGCCCCGCAGCCGCCGCCGCCGCCGCCGCCACUCGCCGCUUACGGGGCUCCGGGCCACCUGGCCGGGGACAAACUACUGCCACCUGCCGCCUUCGAGCCACACGCCGCGCUGCUGGGGCGCGCGGAGGACGCGCUGGCCCGAGGGCUGCCUGGAGGCGGCGGUGGCGCGGGAGGUGGCGGGGCGGCCGGCGGAGCGGCCGCGGGUUUGCUGGCUCCGCUGGGUGGGCUGGCUGCGGCCGGGGCGCACGGGCCUCACUCAGGCGGUGGUGGCCCCGGAGGGGGCGGUGGCGCCGGCGGCGGCAGCGGUGGCCCGGGAGCCGGCGCCGCAGCCGAAGAGAUCAACACCAAAGAGGUGGCCCAGCGCAUCACCGCCGAGCUGAAGCGCUACAGCAUCCCGCAGGCCAUCUUCGCGCAGCGCAUCCUGUGCCGCUCGCAGGGCACGCUCUCCGACCUGCUGCGCAACCCGAAGCCCUGGAGCAAGCUCAAAUCCGGCCGGGAGACCUUCCGCAGGAUGUGGAAGUGGCUACAGGAGCCCGAGUUCCAGCGCAUGUCGGCGCUGCGCCUGGCAGCCUGCAAGCGUAAGGAGCAGGACCAGCAGAAGGAGAGGGCUCUGCAGCCAAAGAAGCAGCGCCUCGUGUUCACAGACCUGCAGCGCCGCACGCUGAUUGCCAUCUUCAAGGAGAACAAGCGGCCGUCCAAGGAGAUGCAAGCCACCAUCUCGCAGCAGCUGGGCCUGGAGCUCAACACGGUCAGCAACUUCUUCAUGAAUGCCCGUCGCCGCUGCAUGAACCGCUGGGCUGAGGAACCGGGCGCCACGCCUGGCACCGCCACAGCCACGGCCACCUUCUCCAAGGCCUGAGCCUUCCGCCCUGACACUUACCCCAGCCCCGGGGACCGCACACGCCAGCCCCGGGGAUCGAGGGGCCCAUCCCUGACCCAGCCAAAGCAAGUCCUACCCCCACCCCCAGGGGACAGG